AUGCCUGCGAUGCCUUGGGAUGAAGAUGAUUGGGAUAAUCUUUCCUGGGAAGAGAAGCUUGAGAGAAUCAGAGAAUGGCUUAGCAGAAAUCGCCUUCAAGCUGCAGGCAUAGGGCUGAGUCUAGCAGGAGCGACAGUAGUCGCUGCCCCUGCUCUAGUCACCGCACCUGCUGCGGGUGCUUUGGUACCACUUGGAUUUGGGUCUGGUGGCGUUGUAGGAGGCUCUUUAGCAGCAGGAGUACAAGCAAUUAUUGGGAACGUCGCAGCUGGAAGCUGGUUUGCCUCUCUCACAAGCACUGCAAUGGGCGGAUACGGACUCGCUGGUCUCACGACUGCCGUUCAGUCGGCCGGAGUUUGUACAUCGGCGGCCGGGCUCAUCACAGCUAUUCUGAAUGGAAAUGGACGUGAAGACGACGGAAAUACAGAUGGAGCCGGUCCCCCAAGCCCAAAGGGGCCGAAGGAUGAUGGAGACGGGUCAGAGGUAGAGAAGAUUCCUCGUGCGAACCAGGAUGGACACCGCGGCAAGGACUUCGAUGAGGAGACCGCAUUGUUGGAUGAUUCUGAGGCCUCUGAUGAAGAGUCCUUCGUACAACUCCGUUAA